GCUUUGGCAUUUAUUAGUUAGGAAGGGACUGACUAAUACAUUGAGGUUAGUCCCUUCCUGACAGGAUGAAAUGAAAAGUGCUUUCGUCACAGGGGGUGCUCACUGCGAGUCCAGUAAUGGAACACUUACUUCCUCUUUACUCUCUAGAUGAGGUGUCUGGUCAGCUCAUUCUCACCAAUCUCUCCCGGGCCUCCUCGGGCACCUACCGCUGUGUCGCCACCAACCAGAUGGGCAGCGCCUCCUGCGAGCUGACCUUGUCUGUGACUGACCCUUCCAAAGGCCGAAUGGCCGGGGCGGUGAUCGGAGUGCUCCUGGGUGUGCUGAUCCUGUCCGUCGCUGUAUUCUGCCUCAUGAGAUUCCAGAAAGAGAGGAGGAAGAGGCCGAAGGAGACUUACGGGGGUAGUGACCUUCGGUGAGCAGAAGGGAGGACAGGGCUCGGAGUAAGGGUAGAUGAUGCCAGCCCUCAAACUGUGACAUCUUUGGGGGGUAUGGAGUUCCGCUCAGCCCUGGGAUUUGGGGUGUGUGUGUGUGUGUAGGGGUGUAUUUGUGUGUGAGCAAGUAUAUAAGCUGCCCUUACCCUCUUCAUACUUAUAAGAAGUUUCAGUUUUCAAGGCCUUUCAUA